UUUUCUCCCGCAGUUGCAUAUUAUAUUGCAUGUUGGUUGAUUCAAAUAUUUAUUCAUUCGUAACAGCAUUCGUAACAAUCCGUUUCUUUGUUAUUAAUUUUCUGAAUAAAAAACAGUUCAGAGCAGAUAAUUAAAUUAUUGUUCAUUUUGAUGCAAUUUCGAAGUUUGUUGUUGAUAAGACAUUAAAAAAGAUGGAAAAUUCAUGCGAAUCGGAAUCACCUCCCGCCAUCAGUCCAUCGAACAGUGAAGUUGCAAAGAAAUUCCUCUACACAAUUGUGUCUUCUCAAGUGCUUCGUCCAAAUUCAGAUUUUAAUGUGAGUCUAACAAUUCACGAUUCCAAUGGUGAUUUUGAUGGAGUAAACAUUGUUCGUGUUUCCAUCGAAGACUCCGACAAUUCAGCUGGAUUUAAAAUUCAUCAAAAUGUUGAACUGAAACCCAAUGAAACUGUAAUUGCAAACAUUCCAAUUGGUGACAUUCCAGUGGAUUCACAUUACAUGUUGCUUGUGAAAAAUAUUUCGGGAAUGGAAUUAGAGCAUAAAGCGACACUUAUCAUCGAAAAACCGAUUCGUACUAUUCUCAUUCAAAGUGAUAAGGCCAUUUACAAGCCAAACGAUUGUAUCAAAUAUCGGGUGUUUGUUUUAGACUGUGAAUUAAAAGCGGCAACGAUCAAUGAUAAAGAGCUGAACAUUUGUAUCACUGAUGCGAGUAAAACGUUGUUGAAACAGCUGAACGGUGUGACUACAGUCAAUGGUGUAUUUUGCGGUGAUUAUCAGUUAUCCGAUGCACCCAGUUUUGGUGAUUGGCAAAUUAAAGCUACAAUUGGUGAUCAGGUGAAAACUUUCAAAUUACAAGUUGCUGAGUACGUUCUGCCAAAAUUUACAGUUGAAAUCGAAUCUCCAGACUAUUUCAUACGUGACGACGAAAAGUUUUCUGUAUCAAUUCGAGCAAAAUACACAAAUGGAAAAUCGGUGCGAGGUACAGCUGCUGUUAGUGUGGCUAAAAAGAAUAUGUUUCGAACACCAAUUCAAGCUGCAAAAUACGACAAGAUGCUCACACUGAAAACUGUUGCUAUGAACGGAAAAGUAACAGUUGAAUUUGAUGUCCAAAAAGAAAUUUUCUUACCAAGUGAUCUUGGAUCACGUGCUUAUCUUCAUAACUCAUAUGAAAUAAGAGCUGAAUUUAUGGAAACUCUAGCUGGAUCGUCACAAAAGGUGGAAAAAGCAGUAACAGUUUAUGAAGAUUCAUUCAAAAUUAUCUCCAAUGCAAAUCAAUUGAUCAUUCUACCACAUAUCACAGUCUGUGUUACUGUGUCUGUUCGGAAGCAUGAUGAUUCAUUGAUUGAGAUUUUUGAUCCAGACAAAAAGAAAAUUUCAAUUUAUAUAAAACGAGAUCACGCGAUCGAAGAGAUGAUUUACGAUUUGGAUAAAAAUGGAAACGUCCAAUUCAAUAUUAACAUAGGGGAUGAACAAAGAUUUUCAUUCGGUGCUGCAUAUUGCAAGAAAAAAACAGAUCUUUACGACUUUAACCGGGACGCAUACGAAUACUUUAAAGGCAAACAUAUAUUCGCAAAAGUUGAAAAAAAGUCACGCAUCAAUGAAGAAGUUGUAGUCAUGGUAGCAUCAAAGUCGCCACUCCAAUCGUAUACAUAUGUGAUUCUUGCAAAAAGAUCUGCAACACUCAUCGAAGCAAAAACUAUUACGCCAACAUAUGACGACUUGCGUUCGCAUCCACCUUUCUACAUACACAAGUUCACGUUCGUUCCGGAUUUCAAUUGCGCACCGCAAGUGGAAAUCAUUGUUUACUUUAUAAAGGAUACCAAGAUAAAGUCCACAUUUUUAUCAGUUAAAUUCAAAGGAGGAGACUUUGCUAAUUUUAUUGAAUUGGAUGUGACGCCUAAUACGGCAAAGCCUGGACAAAUGGUUGACAUAAGCAUUAAAACCAAUCCCAACGCUUAUGUUGGUCUGCUUGGUGUUGACAAGAGUGUCAAACUACUUGGUAGUGGAAACGAUCUAACAAGUGUUGAAAUUUGGAAGUGGGCAAAUCGUCCAAUAAGACGUUAUGGCAGCUACCGCAGUCCAUGGGAUCACUUCCUUCUAGCAGAACUGAUAACAUUCACAAAUUUAAUCGAGCCUGAACAACACGCAUAUUAUUUUCCUAAUUUAAGUACGAUGGGCGAGAACCGUAGAAGUAUGAAUGAGGACGGAAUUGUACACGUAUCAUUGUCAUACUGCAGUCAUAACGUUGAUGUACCAUAUGUUACGCCAGUCAUUCGUAAAGAAUUUCCCGACACUUGGAUCUGGGAAACCAUUGAGGACAAAAGUUCGAGAGGUCUACUGAGUUUGAGGAAAAAGGUUCCCGACUCACUAACCACUUGGGUCUUGACUGGCUUCUCCAUUGAUCCGGUAAACGGCUUAGCCUUAACGAAGCAACCAUCGGAACUGUGUGUUCAGCAACAGUUUCAUAUUUCGAUUCAUUUGCCUUAUUCGGUGAAACGUGGUGAAGUUGUCACCAUUCCAUGUUCCAUUUUCAACUAUUUGCCGAACGAAAUUGAAGCCGAAAUCAUUUUGGAAAAUGAGCACAAGGAAUUCGAGUUCGUCGAUUCGGCCAUAAGCAAUGAAAUUUAUCCGGAAAUUAUGAAAGACAAAUUCCGGAAAAAGAAGCUAACCAUUCGCUCUGAAGAUGCAUUGAAUGCUCUCUUUACCGUUCGACCAAUUAAAGUGGGUCUGAUUUCUUUCAAAGUAUCGGCCUUGUCCACCACCGCUAGUGAUUGUGUUAUUAAAACCCUUAAAGUCGAAUGUGAAGGAGUUCCCCAUUUCGUCAAUAAAGCCGUUUACGUUGAUUUAAAUAAAACGUCACAAAUCGAGCCAUUCAACCUAUCAAUUGAUAUUCCGAAGAUUUCCGUACCCGAUUCUACGCGAAUUGAGAUCCUUUGCGUUGGAGAUCUGCUCGGCGGAACCAUCAAGAAUUUUGAGAAAUUGAUUCGAUUGCCGACGGGUUGUGGUGAACAAAAUAUGAUGAAUUUUGUGCCGAAUAUUGUCAUUCUCGAUUAUCUGACAAAUUCGCACCAAUUAACGGCUGAGGUCGAAGGAAGAGCCAAAAAGUUCAUGGAAAUUGGCUACCAGCGUGAACUCAGUUACAAACACAAAGACGGAUCGUUCAGUGCAUUUGGUGAAUCAGACGAAAGCGGAAGCACUUGGUUGACUGCAUUUGUGGCCAGAUCAUUCCGACAAGCAUCAAACCGUAUUAGUGUUCAUGGUCACACCAUCGAUGAAGCCCUAAAAUGGUUGAGCACAGCGCAAUCAGCUGACGGAAGUUUUCCCGAAAAAGGGAGCAUUUUUCACAAAGAAAUUCAAAGCGGCUCUUCCAACGGCAUCGCACUCACGGCCUACGUGUUGACAGCAUUCCUUGUGAACCACAAUUCCAAUCGUGAAUAUGAAGACACAAUCCAGAGGGCGCUCCAGAACAUCACCGAUUCCAUUGACAAGUGCUCAGAUAUAUACGCAUUGGCUGUAUCAGCAUACGCGUUGCAAUUGGCCAAUCAUCGAUCCAAGAAGGUUGCCAUUGAUCGACUGUUGGAACAGGUGCAAUCUAAUGGCAAUCACAAAUGGUGGGACAAGUCCUUUGAAGUGGCAGGAAAUCGCAUCCGAAAAUCGAAAGCCAUUAAUGUUGAGAUCACAGCCUAUGCUUUGUUAACUCUACAAUUGAACGGUCAAGAUUUGGAGUGUUUGCCAAUUGUUAAAUGGCUCCUGAGUCAACGCAACGACCGAGGAGGUUUCGAAGGAACGCAGGACACAAUCGUUGGAAUCGAAGCAUUGGCCAUUUUCGCUUCGAAAUUUGGUGCCAAAGAUAGUGACUUAAAAAUCGAUAUUUCCACGCCGGACGGGCCCAAUUACAGUAUGGUUGUGAACAAAGGCAAUUCGCUUGUACUACAAUCCCAAAUGGUAUCGCCAGAUGUUCAAAGUGUAACGGUGAAUGCCAGUGGCAAGGGAUUUGCUGUUUUUGAGCUAGCAUAUCAGUAUAACAUCGAGACUCUAGACUUAGAGGCUGCGUUUACCUUGACACCAAUUGUCACUCUGAUCAACGAACAACAUAUGAGUCUUCAAAUCACCACCGCUUACCUGUCACCCAAGGGCAAAGACACGACCGAACGAUCGAAUAUGGUGGUGUUGGAAAUUACAUUGCCUAGCGGCUUCGUUGUCCAUCCAAUUUUGUUAGAUGGCCUAAAAUCAUCACACGGUGUGAUUAAACGUAUCGAAAGGACAAGCAGCGAUACAGUGGCCGUUUUAUACUUUGAUCAUCUCGAUUCGAAUCCAGUUACAUUGAAAGUCGAUGGAUUCCGUGAACAUUUGGUUGAAGAAUCAAAACCGGCCAGCAUUUGGAUUUACGACUACUAUGACAACGCAUUGAGUGCCCGCGAAUUUUAUUCACUUCCAUCAAAUGAGUCGAAUGAAAUCGCUGCAAAGAGUGAGAAAUCGGAGGAAUAGCAUUUCAAACGCCCAUUUAUACCUUGAAAUACAUAAAUCCACAAUAUGGA